UCUAUUCAUAUUUCACACAGAUAAAACAGAGAUCAUCAAUUAAAUUGUCUCAACAUAUAUACACAAAGUUUUAACUAAUUAGUGAUGGCUCUCAAGUACUUUGUAUUAACCAUUGCCAUAUUGGCUGUGGUGACUUCAAUAAGCCAUGCAUCUGAUCCUAGUCCUUUACAAGAUUUUUGUGUUGCUGUUAAUGACUCCAUGGCUGCUGUUUUCGUGAAUGGAAAAGUAUGCAAAGAUCCAAAGGUUGUCACUGCUGAUGACUUCUUCAAAUCGGGAUUAAACGUAGCUGGAAAUACUUCAAAUCAAGUUGGAUCUGCUGUAACAGCUGUGAACGUCAACAACUUACCAGGGCUCAACACUCUGGGCAUUUCGUUAGUUCGUAUUGACUAUGCACCAUACGGUCUCAACCCACCACAUACGCACCCUAGAGGAACUGAGGUUCUUACGGUCCUUGAGGGCACACUCUAUGUUGGAUUUGUCCUAUCAAAUCCGGGUCCAAAUAUGAAGAACAAACUCUUUACCAAGAUUCUACAUCCUGGAGAUGUGUUUGUUUUUCCAAUAGGACUCAUUCACUUUCAAUUUAACGUGGGAAAGACUAAGGCCGUUGCAUUCGCCGGACUUAGUAGCCAAAAUCCAGGAGUCAUCACUAUUGCAAAUGCAGUAUUUGGCUCUGACCCACCAAUCAAUGAUGAUGUUCUUGCAAAAGCAUUCCAAGUUGACAAGAAAAUUGUGGAUUAUCUCCAAUCACAAUUUUGGUGGGACAACAACUAGAUUAGUAUAAGCCAAAUAAUAACUAUGGGUGCUAUUAUUUGUGCUUAUGUUUGGAAUUUAAAAAAUCAUAAAUAAAUCUCAUGAUCUAGCCUUGUGGACUGGUUUCAUUGAUCUUUGUAUUGGAUGUACUAAAUGAGGAUUUCUCAUGGUUUGUUUUAGUAAAAGAUAUAUUUAUCGCAGUGUUACAUUAA